AUGAUGAAUUUAGCUAAAUUAUAUGAAGACAGAAUUGUACCCAAUUUGGGGGUAUAUUUAACAUUAAUUUCCCAAUUUUUCAAUUCCUGCAUGAUCAUAUUUUGCAAACUCCUAAUUACUGACAAAGAUUUCAAAACUCCUUUGCAUCCGCUACAGAUUCUAUUUGUGAGAAUGGCAAUUACCUAUGUGUUUUGUAUCAUAUAUUUUGUCUUCUACGAAAGAAAUCCCAACUUCCCACUUGGCCCUAAAGGGUUCCGAUUUCUACACUUGCUCCGAGCAGUUGGCGGGUUUGUUGGUGUCGUGGGACAAUACUGGUCUUUGCUAUAUUUGAAUGUCUCUGAUACUGUAUGUAUCACCUUUUUGGCUCCGACUGUUACAUCCUUCAUGGCCUACAUUUUCUUGGGGGAACGUUUCACAAAGGUGGAAGCAAUUGGUGGCUUCACGGCUUUUUGCGGAGUUUUGCUAAUUGCCAAGCCGAGAUUUUUGUUGGAUUUACUAUCCACUGCAUCAACGAAAAUUUCGGAGAAAAUAACAGAAGAUGAUAUCAAAGAUUCCCAUAAUAGGCUUAUAGGUUCAACAUUCGCCUUUGUUUCUACAUUUGGUACCGGAACGGCCAUGUGCGCCAUACGUAAAAUUGGAUUCAAUUCUCAUCCUUUAUUAAUGGUUUCCAUAUAUGCAUUAUUUACAACUGUGGCUUCCUUUUUAGGUAUAUUAAUUAUUCCGGGAAUCGGCUUCCAAACACCUCACACGGUGAAGCAAUGGACUCUAUUGAUUGUUAUCGGUGUCACGGGGUUUUUCAUGCAGUUUCUACUUACAGCUGGUAUGCAACGUGAGAAGGCUGCAAGAGCGAUAGCAAUGACAUACACACAACUAGUGUAUGCAUCGAUCUUUGAUUACAUUACGAAUGGCAAAAUCCCACAAGGCUGGUCCCUCAUUGGGGAAAUUAUUAUUGUUUUAUCUGUUUUUUCAAUCGUUUAUUUCAAAGAUCUGAAUCAAAGUUCAUCUUACACAUCUCUCAGAGAUAGUGACAGAGAUCUAGAAAGUGAUGCAAUAUCCGCAAUUGAACUCCAGGAUAAUUUGGAAGGGGGAGACACAGACUCAAACUUUAAAAUAUCAAGUGAGUCUGAACCUGAAACUAAUGCCAACAUCGAGUGUGCACUCGAGUCGAAAUAA